AUGAGCCAAGAUCUGCUAUCGUGGGAUCCGUUCGCACCGGUGGCUCAGCCGCCUCCACCCCAAGCUGCUCCGGCCGCGGUAAAAGACGACGAUGACGACGACGACGAGUUUGGCGACUUUGAAGAGGCCCCGUCGGCCCCUAUUGAUAUGCCAAACCCACCACCACCCAAUCCCAUGCCAGCUAUGGGUGGCCACUCCAUGGCAAAAAACCUGUCACCACAGAAGAAGAAACCGCUGAUCCAGGACUCGAUCAACAACAUGGGUGCUCUUAGCCCUGGCCAGAGCAUCAAGUUUGGCCAGCAUCUGAACCACGGCUCCAAGAGCUCUGCGGACUGGAACGGGAUUCUGGGAGCCAGACCAGGCGACAGAAAGUCGUACCAUGGCCCCCAGAAACACCAGCAUCAAGAAACACAGACUAACAAGCAACCCAGACCGACACAUACCAACUCACCUUCAACUACAUUCGACUGGGACGAUUUUGAGACGACCUCUCCGACUAUUGAAGCAAAAGCAACCCCCAAAGUUGCUCCACCCGCGAACGUAACACCAUUUAGGCAGAUUUCAACUCCUCACCAACUGCUCACAUACCUGCACACCAACUGUUUGCCUGUAAUGGAUAAGCUGGUUCAACAGCUCCAGCCUCUGACAUUCCCGCUCAGAAAACGAGUCCUGGCCCACCCCACAACUAAGAAGUUUGUGGAACGAUAUAUCGAUCUGGUCUACUUAGCAGCCCGAAUCAUGGCUGGACGAAUGCGCAAACUGAGAAUCAUGUGUGAAAAUGGCAUUGAAGGAAUGUCGAAAAACACUUUCGCGGACUUAAUGAAGAAAUCAGACAGAGACGCCCGGGAAAUAUCUCGUGUCUGGAAACCUCUAAGUGCUGCCAUCGGACCCAUGACAAACCACAGACAGCUGCCCAUCCUGCAACCCGAGUUUCUCAUUGCCAAUGAAGAUACACCUCCUAAACAGCUGGAAUCUGUCUGCUGUAUCUGCGGUCUCAAAAACACAGAGUUCAUCCGAGGCCACCCUAAGCCCAAGUUCAACGCCCAGCAAAACGCCCACUUCUCUUGCAUCAGCUGGUACAAUAAUCUUCCGGUUUUCGGCAUCAGUGGAGUGAGACAAGCGGGAGAAUCUUCCUUUACUGGGGAUCUCAUUUGA